AAAAGGAAAAAAAAAAUACACAUUAUUUUAGCCAUUGACCAGUUUGAACUGGAUGACUUGCUGUCUUGGUCACUGACCAGUUUAUACAUAGAGGACCUGAGAGUGAGAAAGAGCUUCAAGAAUUUGAUUACAAAGCAAAAAUGUCAGGGGAUUCAGUCACCUUAAUAGGGUUCUGGGGUAGUCCAUUUGUCUUCAGUGUCAAGUGGGCUCUUGAACUAAAAGGGGUGAAAUACCAAUAUGUGGAAGAAGAUCUCAGCAACAAAAGUGCCAUGCUCCUACAGUGUAAUCCUGUUUACAAGCAGGUACCAGUUCUGGUGCAUGAUGGUAAGCCCCUGGCAGAAUCACAAGUGAUUCUUGAGUAUAUUGAUGAGACCUGGAAGCAAAAUCCUCUUCUUCCACAUGAUCCCUAUGAAAGAGCCAAGGCCAGAUUCUGGUCCAAAUUCACUCAAGAAAAGUGUGAACCAGUACUUAAAGCAACCUUUCUCAAAGCAGGGGAGGAACAACAAAAGGCAGUACAAGAAGUUAGAGAGAAUCUAAAGACCCUUGAAGGUGGACUUGAGGGAAAACGCUACUUUGGAGGUGAGGGAAUAGGCUUUACUGAUAUUGCUAUUGGGUGGCUUGGAUAUUGGGUUCGAAUAGUGGAGGAGAUUGUGGGUAUAAGCCUAGUUGAUACAGAAUCGAUGGCUAAGCUUAAUGCUUGGUUCGAUGAUUUUCUUGAGCUUCCUAUUAUCAAAGAAUCCAUGCCAAAUCGUGAUAAACUGCUUCAGUACAUCAAGACCUUCCACAAUGCGUUGACGCCCCCAUCCACCUGAAAGACUUUUGAGAUACUCAUUGGCAUCUGUGUAAACAGAAGUUAAUACUUACUUUUGACAUGAAUUGGAUGAUAAUUUUCUUGUCUUAGUAACGUGCAUCCUUGGCAAUGCCUAGUAUAAUGAUAAGGUUGAAAAACCAAAAUUUUCAGUAAUAAAGUAAACACUUCGCAGUUUGCUCUUUA